GCGAGCGGCGGCGGCGCGGCGGGGCUGAGGAUGCUCUCGCGAUACGCUCGGGUGCCGGUGUCCCUGGGCGCUCCGGAGAUACACGGACUUCCCAGGCAUGCCUUGAAGCACCAUCCGCUGCCAGAACCACGGGAUGAGGUGUGCACAGGCACACCCGGAGCUGAAAACUCUGCCCAGACCUCAAGGGAGUCUGAAAUCUGCAAGGAAUCACAUACUUCAGUUACUCCAGCUGCUCAUGGGAACGCAUUGUCUGCUAGCCCCACUUAUGCUGACAUCUCCACUGAAGACAGCUCAGUCUUCUCUUGGGGCUAUGAUGAGUUUGAUAAAGCUGCCACACAGCAAGUUGAGCAAAUGUUCAGACAAAUUGACGAGCUUCUCUAUGAGCAGAAGGAAAAUGUAUUUGUGGAGGCACUGCGGGAAGAAUGCCACCAGUGGACAAGUACCUUUCCUCAUCUCAGGGUUGUGGGGAAGCAGAUCAUGAUCCCCACUGAUGAAGGGUAUGGAUGGUAUUCAAGUUCACCUUCUGGCAGCUUAGUUUCCUCAGAUGUAGCUUCACCACGAGAAAAAGAUUCUAAUGAAUUUAGUGUUUUUGGCAAGAAGGUCCCUCUCUGCGUUACUCCUGUUCGCAAAAAGGCUGACCGCUCCAAGUCUCCGACCUUGUGUUCUCCAGAGAGUGAAGAAGGUGAAGAUGGAGUGAUUGUCUCUGAAGGUGUAAUGGAGGAAUAUUUAGCAUUCGACUGCAGAGAUGUGGAAGAGGAGUUGCAUGAGAGAAAAAUGGGAUUGUCUUCCGGUAGAUGGAAACUAGGGUUUCCUCCUAUCUCUCCUUAUUCCUGCAUGAAGGAUUCUGUGCUCACAUUUGUGUUUGAUGAUGUGUGGAGCGAAGUCCUAGGCUGCAUGGAAGAAUUAAUCUGCAGACACUGGGAAGGGUCAGCUUCUGAUGAUGAGAAAAAUAUCAUAACAGUAGAAACCAUCAAAGGAGAUGCUGGAAGCCCUUUGCUGGUUGAUCCUCUGCCAGCAUUGUUACCUCGUGUGCCACAGACUAAAAUGCCCUCGGUGACAUCCAAUCUGUGCUCAAAACCCAGAUGUGGCCACAAAAGCAAAAAGAGGAGAAAACCACCUCAAGUAAAUCUCUCUCAAGGGUCAAGCAGUGGCUCUCAGCAUAACCUAAAUGGCUUGAUGGUGAUACAUGGGAUGCAGUUACAGCAAAGGAAUCUGCCUGCACUAGAGAAAACACUGGACCUGGAUGACAAACGGCCAGGCUCCAGUUCCAUCCUCUCUGGUAACAGAUUGUGGCCAGAUCGUCCUCUAGAGCUCAGCACAUCAUCCCUGUCACGUGCUACCAGAAGGCGAAACCCACCUCCACGUACCCUGCAUCCCAUCAGCACCAGCCACUCUCGAACUGGGACCCCAGGCUCUGUGGAUGAUGUUUUCAGGGGAGCUCGAUUUCUGACUGCACAUGAACAGCUGACCUCACCCUCCCCACUGCUGCUGAACCGCAACAACCUCCUACCACCCAUCGCCACCACCAGCAGGACAGAGCACAGCAACACUGCAGGAUCCCUGAAGCAAACGAAGUCUCGUGGGAAAUCAAGCCGAGCACACGGUGUGACAACACAUGAAGAUACCUACCAGCAGCUACAGGAGAAGCUUUUCUUACCUGAUCAUCUCUCCAGGCCUAAUGCAACCAACACACUCUUGCCAGAGCCGCAGCGCCGCCGCUCUUGCACUGUUAUUGAUUACAGUAAUCAGCCUCGGACGAGGAAAGGAUCAACAGGUUCAGGUCUUCAGCUGCAUGGUUCUGUGAAAACCCACAGUCGGAGUGGAUCAGUCUCAAAAAGCAAGCAGGGCUUCUGACAUGCCAUGAAGAGGUAUCCAUCCAUCCAUCUGCAGAGGGUCACAAUUUGCCUCUCAUUCUCAGCAGCAUCAAAUUUGUUUACAGAGUUUUCAAACACCCUUCCUUAGGAAUAGUUAUUUUUAUAUAACUCUAAACAGCAGCUGCCAAAGAUUAGAAGGGGUAUGCUUAAACAUUCCAUUUUCUACCAGUAGAAGUUAUACUCCUGUGGAAGGGUGAAUAUUCUCCAGUGGACAGUAAAGCCUAACUCCUAGAGUAUCUAGCAGAUACUCUUGUUGCUGUUCUCCCAUUGCUGGCUUGUGACUGGUUCCUGUUGUUACAGGCAGGUGCUGCAGAAGCUGCUAAUUCUUCCUUUAGCUCUACAAAAGAUUAACCAAGUCUUCCACAGUUGUAGUAAUUUCUAUUUUUAAAGCUCUAUUUAUAUAUUUAAAGCAAUACUGUACUAUCAAAAAACAAGCACUGCAGAUGAUACUGCCUCUACAACUCAACUGAGGCAAGUUAUAAACCCUAUGUAGUAAUUGCAACAGAUGUUAACAGAGUUGUGUAGAACUAAGGUAGUAAAUGCGAACUUGAGUGACAGCUUUAAGCUGACAUGUCCUGUGAAACACACCUCUUUCUCAGUCACUUAAGAAGGUUUAAGAGGCAAAUAGGAGCCUCCUACUGCAAGUGGUUCCAGACAAUAUUCAAACAUAAUCUCCUGAUGAGAUACUGGUCAUUUCACAGAGUAGGUCAGUUUCCCAGUCUAAAAAUGCCUGCAAUUAUGUAAGAUUCCUGCAUUUCAUCCCAAAGUUCUACCACCCAUAGAUGCAAUGCAGCUUUUAGUAGAUGUGUUCUGAACUGUGUGGCAGACCUAUGAGAGGAAUAAGCCUUUGUUGCCCUUGUGCCUCCAGAGGAGACAAAAACAAGAAACAAAAGCUUAUCAAUGAACGAUUAGUUCAAGGUCUCACUCCCUAGCAGUAUAUGUGGCAGACUAACAGUCUAAGGACAAGGUAAAGAUAACUACUUACUGUAUUUUAAGACUUAGGACACCACAGGAAAAUGGUUGUCCCAUUAUAACCCAAGUAAAGAGCACCUUUUUUUUCACCCUAAAUUUCCUUAUUUUCUAAAUCACAAUUCAUAAUGGAAAAAACUUGUCAGGUUUCUUCAUAAAGUGGUUCUCCUAUUUCCCUACUCUAAGCUAUGCAACCUGUCAAAUAUUAAUGGCACCUAUACAGCAGCUAAUGAUUUUAAACUAGUACUGAAGUACUUGAGCUCAGCUGAUCAAAGCAUGCUCUUGAUCAAGACGGGAGAAGAAAACAACACAGAACUGUGCAAAUAUAACUGGGUUAACUUUCCUUUAGAUUGCUAGAAGCAAAGAAACUCAAACUAAAGUUUGCCUGGAAAUAAACUGAUGCUGAAGAGAGGCUGCUAUUCACAAAA